AUGCAGCUCCCAUCACUCGCUACCGCCACCACCUUGGUGCUCUUCGCCCUCGUCAAAACUUCUCUGGCCUGCGACGGCUACAUCCACUGCCACUGCUACAACAGCGAUGGCAAACCCAACGACGCGGCAACGCAGACGGUCUGCAACCGCUUCGCCGCCGGAAACACACAGAUGAUCGACGCAAACGCAUGGUCUGACGGAGCCAAAGAGUGUAAAUACAUCGGAAAGGACGGCGAACGACGCGGAAAGUUCUGGCAUCCCUUUGGCUUGGGUAACUGCGACUGGCGUGUCAUGUGUGGUGAGGCCGGAGCCACCGGCUCAGACUCCAGCUGCAGAGACACGCCUCCUGUGGGUCCCAAGAGUUAUGGUGCCGGCGUCAUCAUCGUUGGUCACAGCUGA